CGACAAUCUCGUCUCUUGUCCGCGACCACUGCUAAGUAUCUAUAGCUUGACAUGACCGCUGAGCAUCAUCCGGGACGUCAUACGGCCUGCAGGGCAUCAUACGAGGCAGAAGAUGAACGUCGUCACUCUGCGAACAUAAAGAGAUCACGUACGGCGACGUGCGGGCAUGUUUUGGGUGUAACGGGCGUCGAUUUCGAUUUCGUGCAGUGCUGUCGCCCAGCAUUGACACUCAAUGUUUCGAGAGAUACGCGGGUCACCAGUUUCUCACUGUCGCUGGGAGACUCUUGGUAUAUUCAUCGUUUAAUUCGCGAUGUUCGUCCCAGGAGAGAUUCUUCGCCGAUCUGCGUAGCUUCUUUUGGCUGCCAUGGCCUCGUGCAGGCCACCAUGUCUCUCGCCCUCUACCUGCUCCCGUACCUCCUCGGCCACAGCAGUGGCAUAUUCGCGUCCCCCGUCCUCUACCCCCGCGAUGCAUCCACACCGACUGCGAAUGGGACAGGUUUCGCGACCAGCACAUCGUGCACAGACAUCAACAACUGCCGCCAGAUUUCGGACAUCGUCUGGGGCUGCGUGUCCGUCAUCCUUGCAUGCACCUGGGCCGCACUCCAUCCAGACAUCCCGCCCAAAGACGUGCCUGGCCACAUCGUCCUCAUGAACCACGUCUGGUCCACCAUCGUCGCCUUUUUCACCCCAGAGUUCAUGGCGUUUAUGGCCAUCAUGGAAUUUGCCGAAGCACGGAAGGUGAAAAAAAUAUUUGCAGAUAUAGAGGUUCCACGGGAGUCGCGGUGGACGCUCACGCAUGCAUUCUUCGCGGGCAUGGGCGGCUUCAUGCUUGUAAAGCCCAGGACAGACGGAAAGCCGGGAUACGAAGAGGUCGGCACAGUCUACCCCCGCGUUUUGUACCAGCUCGCCAAGGCCGGGCGGGUUAAUCUCUCGCUAAUAACGGAAGAUGCGAUCAAGGAUAAGAGCAAGGGCGAUCUACUGUCCAAGGGAGUCGUUGUCAUCCAGACCGGGUGGUUCAUCAUACAGAUUAUUGCCCGCUGGGCGGAGCAGCUCCCCGUCACGGAGCUCGAGAUCAUCACCCUUGCGUUCGCGGUGCUCAAUUUCCUCACAUAUGGAUUUUGGAGCCACAAGCCGCUCGGUGUCGACACCCCCAUCUCCAUUGUGCUACUCCCAGCCAAGGACGAGAGCGCCUCCGGGAUCGACGAGAAAGAUGCCGAUUCCAAAUCGACACUUGACGAAAUCGCAUUCGCAUCUGCGUCCACUAUCGAGGGGCAGCUGAAAGAAGAGAAAGAGCAAGAAGAGAUAGCGGCAUCAGGAACCAACCCGACGCCAACUGAUGUCUUCCGCGACCUGCUCUCGCUGCUGUACAAGUACCGCCCGAACCUCUUCCGCGACCCGGUCGGCUGCGUGCGGCUCGUCCUCACGAACCUCUCGCGCAGCGGCGCGCCAACGGGCAUCUGCCUCGUGCUCGCCGUCGUCACGACUAUCUUCGGCGCGCUGCACUUCAUCGCGUGGGACUUCCACUACCCGAGCAACGUCGAACGGUGGCUGUGGCGCGCGAGCGCGAUCGCCAUCACCGCCGCGCCGCCGUAUAUGUUUCUCGGCCGCACCGUCGCGGUGCACUUCAUCGACGGCGUCCUCAAGGCGAAGGGCGUCUGGCGCCGCGUCUUCCUCGGCAUCGCGACGCUCGUCUCGUCUCUUCCUGGGGCAGUGCUGUAUGUGGGCGCGCGCAUUGCACUCCUCGUGGUCGCUCUCAUGGAGCUCAGGCAGCUGCCUGCCGGCGCGCUUUUGACAGUCUCGUGGACGAACUUUAUUCCGCACAUCUAAAUUUUGGUGAUGAGCUACUCCUUAUUCCUAGCGGAUGCGUCUCAUUGUAUGCGAGGCCUUUGCAUUCCUCCUCCUCCCCUUUCAUUGUACAUCAUUGCAUUAUCAUCACAUUAGUCGCCA